CUCAAAACCACUGUAAAAUCUGCCCAGAGGUCAAUCGGCCACCUUCGACCCAAGCUUUCUGAUUUCGUAAUCAGCGGUUCUCCUCUGAAACAUGAAUAUGUCUGGGAACUUGACUGACCCGUGCACUCCUGUGGAUCGGGACCGGCAAGUGGCGUCGGCCGUGGUGUAUGGACUGGUUCUUGUCGUGGGUCUACCGCUCAACACGUUGUCCCUGUGGAUCCUGCUGCGCAGUCACGGGUUCCGGUCCCCGUGCGCCGUGCUCAUGGUGAACCUCGCCGUGUCCGACCUGCUCCUCGCGCUCUCCCUCCCGCUGCGCGUCUACUUUUACGCAACGCUCAAGUGGCCGUUUGGAGCGGCCACAUGCACCGCUGCCAUCGUUUUGUUUCGCGUGAACAUCAGGACGAGCUCUAUCUUCAUCACUUUAAUCAGCGUGGACCGGAUGGUCGCCCUGGUCUUCCCUCUGCGCUCCCGCUCUCUGAGAACCUCCGCGUGCGCGCUGAAGUGCUGCGCGGUCGUGUGGAUCCUCAUCUCCAUCCUUUGCAUCCCCGAGAUUAUGAAACUUUACGGUUCCCUGAAGCAGUGUUCCAGGGCAUCGUGCUUCGAGGUUAAAACGCAAGAAAAAGACUCAAUAUUCGCGCUCUCACAAGCGAUAUUUUUAUUAAUACUCCUGCUGGUCAAUAUCGUCUCCACGGUCGUGGUCAUAAUUACUCUGAGGAAGCGUCCCAGCGCUGACGCGGCCAAGGUGAACAACAAAAUGAACGUCAUACUGAUUUUUGUCAUCAACAUGUUGGUGUUUAUGAUAUUUUUCCUGCCGUUUACUUUACGACUCUUGCUGUACAACGAGAACAACGGAAAGCAUAUACCAGCGCUCGUGUGCCUGGCGAGUGUCAACUGCUGUCUGGAUCCGCUCAUCUACUACUUCUCUCUGGACUCGUUCUGGCAGGACAAGGGGAAAAAACAAACUGAUGCAGGCACUCAUUCCCUCAGCAGGACGAUGGAAAUGUCUUGACAAGCUGAGGACAGAAAGGAUAGACCAUCCUAACCAGCCCCCCAAUGGGACAUGGCGAUGUAUACAAAUGUGAGAUGGAAGGAAAAUUAUAUUAGUGUUUUUCCGUUUGCUUGAGAAAACUAGCAUUUGCUCGCAAAAUUAUUCAAUUAAAGUGAAAGCAGGUAAAUUGGGCACUUUUGCCAGCCAUAGAGAUGACUUGGAAAAAUAUAUAAUAAUACUUUAUUCACCACUAUAGGUUUUCCUCUGACGUUUUUAAUAUUAUUUCCAUCGCAAGAGGUUCUCUGUAGGCAAUCUUUUUUUUUUUUUUUUUUUUUUUUUUUUGAACCAUCAUUUUUUUUAGCACACAAUAUAGUUAGUGUUCAAAUCACAUCUGAACACUUUAUGAUUAUCAAAUCUUAGUGGAACAUGUUAUUGUGGCAAACUGUUUUUAAUCUUCUCGAGAACUUAUUUCAUUCAUCCACUAAAAAUGUUCCUGAGCAGGUGAAACCAAGUUGAUUCGGCAUUUUAUUUUAAAUGUUCUAUUUAAAUCUCACAAUUUGCACUGUGGGUUUAUGUCCUGUUUGGUAAGAGUCACAUAUUGUGAUUAAAUUUAUUACUCUGUAAUUUCGUUAUUUUUUAAACUGCCCUAUGCUGAAAAAAAUAGUAUAAUUUUAACUGUAAAAUAUUGUAAAACUGAUGUUAGAAAAGUAAUUUCCUGUAUACACGGGAAAACUGUAAAAGAUCUAACCAGACAUUUAAUGUAAAUUUACGGUAAAAUGCUGUUAUUUGUAAAAUGUUUAGGUGUAGAAAUAGAACAA